UGUGGGGUUUAGGCAUUGUUGGCAGAAUAUUAGCGAGUUUUGUUGCUUUUGUUUUUUUUUAAUUUUUGUUUUGUUUGUUGGUUUGUGGAAUGGAGCGUUGUAUUUUUUGUGGUCUAAAACGAAUUCAAUGGCUUUAUGUUCUUGGAGAUAGAGAUGUUGGCCCUAAAGAUCGAGUCUGUGCCGUUCAUUUUCGACAAGGAAAACCAUCUAAUGAUCCGUCACAUGAAGACUAUGUGCCCAACUUAUUAAUUAAUUCAAACAACGGUGAAAGUUCACUUGAAUUUCUUGAUUCGAUCGAAUCUGCAAAUUUGGGCCUGCAAUCAAAAAUAAAGUUGCCUUCAAUUUUACAAAAACGGAAACGAAAAGAGGAAGACAAGCUUCCAAAUUGUUUGAGUGCAUCCUCGACAUUAAUUCCACUCCCUGCUUGUUUAACUGAAGGCUUAAAUCUGGUUGCAGGUCAGAAAGUUGUUAUCAAAAGAAUUGUUUUGACAAAGGCUGAUUAA